AUGGAAAGCAGCCAACUGUCUGAUCCUUAUCAAGUCCUUGGAUUAGAAAGAAGUGCAACUUCUAUAGAGAUUAAAAAAGCAUAUAGAAAAUUAGCUUUAGCUCAUCAUCCUGAUAAAGUUAAUGAAGAACAAAGAGAAGAAUCUGAAAUUAAAUUCAAAGAAAUAAGUGCUGCAUAUGAGAUUCUAAGUGAUGAAACCAAAAGAGCAAAUUAUGAUCAAUAUGGUGAUGCUGAUGGUCCUUCAAUGAAUGGAUUUGGUGGUGGUUUCGGUGGUGGAUAUGGAUAUGAAGAUGGUGGUGUACCAGAUUUUGGACCUGAUGAUUUCUUUAAUUUCUUUGGUGGAAUGAGUGGCGGCCAUCCAGGUAUGAAUGGUGAAGAAGCAAGAAGACGUGCUACCAAAACUGAAGAUGCCAAACUAGAUGUUAAUGUUACAUUGGGGGACUUAUAUAAUGGUAAAACUGUUAAAAUUACAUCAAGUAGAAGUAUCUUGUGUAAAUUAUGUCAUGGUGAAGGUGUUAAAUCUAGUGCUAAGAGUAAAUCAUGUGGUAGUUGUAAUGGUGAAGGUUACAUGAGAAAAAUUAAAAGAGUUGGUCCUGGUAUGGUUACUCAAGAAUAUGUUGAUUGUUCAACAUGUAAAGGUAAAGGGAAAAUUUAUAGAUCAAAAGAUAAAUGUAAAAAAUGUAAUGGUGAAACUUUAGAAGAAGAAACAAAAAUUUUAGAAUUCAUUAUUGAAAAAGGUUCAAAUUUUGGUGAUUCUAUAGUUUUAAGAAAUGAAAGUGAUGAAGCAUAUGGUAAAGAAGCUGGUGAUGUUAUAUUAACAAUUCAUGAAAAAUCUGAAAAUAAAACAUUUGAAAGAAUACAAAAUGAUUUAUAUGCUGAUUUGAAAAUAUCAUUAGCCGAAGCAUUAUGUGGAUUUAAAGAUAAAAUAAUAUUAAAACAUUUAGAUGAUAGAUUAUUGAAAAUUUCUACACCAACUGGUAAAGUUCUUAAACCAAAUGAUUUCCUUAAAAUUUCAGGUGAAGGUUUCCCAAUUAAAAAUAGUUAUACUUCUAAAAAAGGUGAUUUAUAUUUAAAAGUAAUUGUGGAAUUUCCACCAGAUAAUUGGUUUGCAGAAAGAGCUGAGAUUCAAAAUGUUUUGAAUAUAUUACCAGGCUCUAAAAAACAUAAUAUUGUUGAUGAUUUAGAUGAUUUAUCAAUAAAUAAUAUUGAUGAUGUUGAUUUCAAAAUUGUAAAUUAUGAUCAAUUACCAGAAUAUAUUGAAGAAGAUGAACAAGAUCAAGGUCCUCAAGGUCCUGGUUGUACCCAACAAUAG